GACGCGUAUGACGUCACAGCUCUCAAGCGGAGUCGAAAAUGGCGGAGCGUCGACUGUCGUGCUGACCCGAUUUUCACACAGCAGUCAAAAUGGAUGGAGAACUUCUGUCUCUGAAGUGGAACAACCACAGGACCACCUUCUAUCAUGUCAUCAGUGGUCUCCGCAAUAAGGAGACGUACACUGAUGUGACUUUGGCAUGUGAGGGCAAGUUCUACCCCGUCCAUAAACUGGUUCUGUCUACGUGUAGUGAAUACUUUAGUGAUAUUUUUGAACGUACUCCCUGUAAAAACCCUGUGGUGGUUUUAAAAGACAUACAGUGCCGUGAUAUAGAGUUCUUACUAGACUAUAUGUACAUUGGUGAAGUGAAUGUGAGACAGAAUGAACUCUCAUCCCUUAUAAAAGCGGCCGAAUGCCUAAGAAUCAAAGGGUUGGCGGUGCCAGACGAGGAGCCAAAGAAGGCCUCCAGUAAUAGUGUUAGUACAAGUGGAGUGCAACAGAGUGCGAGGCAACGGCCUGAACAGCCCAGUCCGCCAGCCAAGAGACGGAAGGCGGAUGACCGGCGGGCCACUUCUUUAGGAACAGAACACAGCCCAGGCAGACCCCCUGGAGACCCCACCCCCGCCAGCCCAGAUCGCCAGAGCCAUCCCCAGCACCAGCACUCGAGCACUGCGGACUUGGGCAGUGCGAGAGAACAGCCGGAACAGCAGCAGGGCGGCGACGUGAGCACGGACAUCCCAACGGUACAAAUAAAGGUCGAGCAAGACAACUUCGAAACCACAGGCCAAGAUGACUACACCUCGGUUCAAAGUAAUAGCUAUGACGACGGGGGAGGGGACGACGGGGAAGGCCCCCAGGGGUCCGAAGGUAACACCAAUGAGUUCCCAGAGUUCCUCCAGUCGACUGUGGAAAAGGAAGAACCUGUGGCCAUGAGUGACUUUAAUCCUAGUGAUUUCCCUGGGCCUUCGGGUCUACAAAAUAGUGGUUUAGCAACAUGGGAAAGUGAAAAUAGUUCAACAAACUUUGCGGAAGGUCUAUCUGGGGCUGUUGCAGCUGCUGUUGCUGCAGCAUCCCAGCCUCAGCGACAGCAACAACAGUUGUGUCGCCAGUGGUUGGAACAGCUGCGCAGGGUGGGGUCCAUGAAGGGCAAGGCCAAGGUCACGUGUCCUCUCUGUGGCAAAGUGUGCAGUCGCAGCGACAAGCUCAAGCUGCACCUCAGGACUCACACUGGGGAGAGGCCGUAUCGCUGCACCUACUGCGACCACCGCAGUCGCACCAGCGACGACCUCAAGCGCCACGUCCGAACCCACACGGGGGAGAGGCCGUACCAGUGCCCCUACUGCCCCUACAGGGCAAGCGACCCGUCCACUAUCCGCUCGCACAAGAAGCACCGCCACCAUGACCUCUUUCACCAGGACCGCUUGAACCAGCACCACCUCGAUCAGACCAAUUGAGUCGCAGCAGCCUCGGCGUCUCCCCCGCUCCCUCUCCCCCCCACCCUGUUCUCUUCUCCUCCCUCCCCCCCUCCGGCAGAACGUGAUCUCAGGUAGAUCGAUCAUUUCGUGGCUCAAACUGGAUCUACUUCGAUGAACCUGCUCCUUCCUCCCCCACCCCCCUUUCCCCUUGACACUCGGAGGAACGGUUUUUUGUCAGUGCCCUCGAGACGUUGUGAACCAAAAAUCUAAAGAGAAAAUAAAACUUAAUGAAAUAUAAAGUUUUAAAAAAAGUCAAGUUAAGUGUUUUUCGUCUCGUUUGAGGCCCCAGCGAGCGUGAUAUUAGUGUUCGUGUGAGAAGCACCUUCACCGAGCGUAUGCAUUGCAGAAAAGCACCCCCCCCACCCCCCUCUCUCUCACACACCUUCAUACGCCACUUUUUUGCAUCGUCACGCAACUUCAUCCACGGGAUCCACUCCUGACACGGACUAACUAACGGUGACAGGUCUAGCAGAGUUCCCUUUCUCCAACCGUCACGAAGCACUUUUGAGUUAGGUGCGCUGGGUCUGAACGUGGUAGUCACCCUUCAAAUAACUGUGGGUAUAUUCUUAGGGAAGGAUUCACUUCAGUGGGAUUUUAAACGACUAAUAGUAUGUAUAUUUUUUGGGUGUAGCGUUUCUGUAACAACACCUAUUUACAUGUUCUGAUUUAUUGGUGGCAGACCGAUGUAUGGACAUUUGUGAUUCAUUAUUUUUAAGAUGCUGGUUUCUGUUUUGUUUAUUUUUGGGUUCGAGAGAUAGACUUAAUACUGUUUUAUAUAAUUCAGUCGAUUAUCACAUCGUUUCGCCAAGGUUGAUAUUUUAUAGUAAAUGUUUAAAGUAAGUUGGACUUUGCAACCAUUUUUUUUUUAUAUUUUUUUGUUUUUUGAAUAACCUCAUUCCAUGAUGACCUGCUGUUCCCUUGUUUUGUUUUUUAGGGGGGGUCUAUAGUCAUGAGUUAUGAAUAAGAGACACAGCCAAAGAUAAGCCAGAGUAGUGGCUUAAGAUUUCUAUCGACCUUGUAGUAAUUACCAAGAGAAAAUGUUAGAUGAAAAUGGUUUGUGAUUAUUCUUAGUUUUGUUUUCCUUGUUUUCUCUCUCUUUUUUAAAUAGACUUCGACGCAUGAUGUCAUUCCAAUAGUAUUCUCUCUCUCAUCUUUUUAUAUAUAUAUACAUAUUAAUAUGUAUAUAUAAUCUAUAUAUAAUCUAUAUGUAUAUAUAAUAUAUGUAUAUAUAUUAUAUAUAUUAUAUAUAUAUAUUUUAACACUUUAUUUUUCUUUCCUUUUCGGUCUGCAGAGAUAGCUGAUUUCCUCGGCUCGGAAACGAUAUAUUGGGCCGUUUGUGUAUCUCUCCCAGCCCCCCCCCCCCCUAUUACCUCCUUUCCCCCCUUCCCCCACCCCCCAUAGGAGGUGCGAAGUGUUCUAAAUAGUCAACUAAUCUACGUCCCUGGAAUUGUAUAGAAUAAGUCAACGCAUAAAGGAUAAUAAAGAAACUAUAAUACAGAAACUAUAAUCAUUGUAAACUCUCUCAGGUUAUUCAAGUAAAACAAAACCUUAAAAAGUCACAGGUUGUUGCCAUUGUCAUUGUCAUCGUCGCCAUCUCAGGUAUUGCGCUUCUCCGCCGGCAGAUGUUUCCGGAGAGACGCGAAGCCUCGUUUCUUUAAAAAAAAAUCUUAUAUAUAUUUUUUUUCCUUUUUUUUUUUUUGCUUUCAUAACUGGGGAAGAAGAAAAUAGAAAUGAAAGAGAAAUGGAAAGCAGUGAAAUUUGAGAAAGGAUGGUGAAGAAGCGAAAAGAGGAUAAAGAAGGGAAUGAAAAGGGGGAAAAUGUAUAAAGGAAAUACAGGAAAAUAAGUAAAAAAAAAAAAAAAAAAAAUACAAAAAAAAACUGGAAUAUGUAGAAAAUACAUUCCAGGAAAAGUAAGGAAAAGUAAGGAAUCAGUUUGAAAAGGAAAUAAAUGCACGUUGUGAUUUUCGCCCCGAUUUUAGGCCGGCAUGGCUGUCCUGUGGAGGCUUAUGAACGCCAUUCAAAGCUUAGGUGAUUCUUUAGAGAUAUUUUAUUUUAUUUAUUGUACUUCUGUUGUAUAUUUAAAGAGAGAUAAAAAAAAAGAAUUAAUUUUUUUUUUAUCUAUAGGAAAGAGCUAUUGAGAGUGGAGAUAUAUUAUUGAUAUUUAUUUCAGUUUUUUUUUUUUCUUUCAUCUUCUCUUGUCUUUUUAAAUGCAUUUUGAUACUUGCACAAAGUUUUUAUUUUCUCUUGUGAUUCGUGUACUAUAUUUUAUUGUUUGUUUUCCAACAAGCAUUUGGAUUUAUUGAGCUUGUUAAAUUUGUAAGGUUACCGAAUUAUGUGUUAGAAAUCUUGGCGGGGAGUUAACAUAGAUGUAUUCAGAUAGUAUAUAACUUUUUUUUUUAUUAAUUUCUUCUUCUACAUCAUCUGUAGUCUUACAAUAACCGCCACGAAAUAAAUGUUUGUAACACAAGACCCAGCUGUAGCAUAAAAAUCAUAAAAAUACAAAACAAAAAAGAAGUGGAUAUUAUAUAUAUAUAUAUUACACUGUUCCAACACUCACCUUUUUUUUCUGCACUCUGUAUCUUCUCUUUGUCUAAGUGGAUAGAAAUAAUAGAGGAAAUGUACUGUAGAUACAUUUAAGGUGGCCAUAAUAAAGUCUUAAGGUUAUAGAGCUCA